CGAAGACUGAUUUCAAGCUCUUCUAGAACUCGGACAACCCAUGAAUUGGAUCUUGGCGUCAUUGAUAUCUGCGACCGGGAGAGAUAUGGCAGACCCUGUGACGGGAGCAUGCCGCCAGUUCCAUCGGCUUGCGCAAUGCCCGCGAAAUAAUGCAGUUUGUGGGUGUGGACUUCAACGCUGCCACUGCAGCGGCUGCCAGUGUUGAGGCCGUCCAAGCUCGCUGCAACCCUCCCAUUUGUCGACGCUACAUGGAUGCUCAAAGACUACAACGCCGUACAAUGCUAAGCCCUCCACGGACUAUCCGGGCGUCUCAUGUCGACCUUCAGGCAUACCGUCACCCUCCAUUUCAGGCUUGCCCAGUGCGAGUUGUGCCCUGCGUGGCCCCUGGGCACCCGGCCGAAGCAAGCGUCAACCAAGUAGAACGAAGUCGACAGCCCCCGAGUGAUGCCCCGUAUUGUCGGCCUGUGUUUAUUUUUGAAACCGGACAGUUGAUCUUUCGACCAGGCGCUCAAACACAGCCGUAACAUGUCAGAAGCAAGACAGGAUUUCGGACAUGUUGGCAUGCUGCGGCAGCUGCAGCAUUCAGCCUCAAUCAUGCCUCACCACCACCGCGAGCUCAGGGUUGAGGGAUGCGCUGAGGCGCCAGCAAUCAGACUGGCCUGCCGUCUGCCGAAGUGUAAUAAUAAUGCUGUGUUGAGCGCUUUUUGGGGAGUGGCAGGUUCGCGGGAGAGUCGGCACGGAGUCGGUGGACAGCCUGAAUCGGCGCCUCGGGGUCUGCUGCUGGGCUAGGGAGGCACUCUGGGCACGCCUAACAGCCUGGAACUUGAACGCCCGCAACUGGCUCUGCCCAGCUGCAAUCCUGCCGCUGGCGUCACUCCCGUGAUAUUGCGACCCUUAUUGGCCCUGGCUUCCCUAGCCACCCACUGCAAACGUCCCGCUUCAUGGCAACUCGAAAGUUCGCCCACCUGCGAUCUCUCUGCUGUCUGGUUGUGGGAAAAAGCUACGCCUUAUUCCGCCAUCCAUGCCAUCGUCGGCCCGUCCUCGAUCGUCGUUGAACCAUUCACAUCGCUUGUCUGCCGCUCCAUCCAUCCAUCUCCAUCCCACCCACCCUUUUCCCUUCCGUGUCAUGUACGGCGUUUCGUCGCAUUUGUUCGCUCUUUCGGAGGCCGUCCGCCCCAUCCUGGAGAGUGGAUGGAUGGAUCCCUCUGAUGCCCAUCUUUCGCUUCUGGCGGCACCUGCGUAGGCCCAGGACCCUUUCGGAUUUCCUUCAUAUUGCUGCCCACGGAAUCAAUCCUCACUUACCUCAACCCAUUCCGCACUCUCCCCUCUUCUGAGAUCAGUCGAUGAAUUUACGCGUUUGUACCAGGUGACCCAGCGACAAUACCGCCCUUCAUGCAGGGCCUCAAACGUUUGCAGGAAGCCAUCGAGCGGCACCGUGAGAACAAGGACAUCAACAUCAAGUACAAAACUCCCCUCACUGUUCGCAACGUAAGCACCUUUACCGACGAACAAGCCAUCGACGAUGCCUGUAACCCAGUUCGCUGUGACCGAUACGUACGAAUAUCUGAAUGGGUUCGGGGGAUACAAAGAGAGUGAGGCUAUAAAGGGUGCAUUGCCGCUGGCGGCUAAUUCGCCUCAAAAAUGCCCCUACGGGUUGUAUAAUGAGAAGUUCUCGGGAACCGCCUUUACUGCGCCGAGAGACGAGAACCAGCAGACAUGGCUCUAUCGCAUCCUGCCAUCGGCUAGCCACCAGAACUUCGAACCCGUGCCAUCCACCUCGAACGAGUCGUUGUCCACUCCCACUCCCAGCUUCGGUACCCACUUCCACGCCAUUCCCAACCAGUUGCGAUGGGACCCCUUUGAUUUCGACAAGGAGGUGUCGUGGAUCCAUUCCCUGCACCUGGUGGCCGGCGCAGGUGAUCCGACCAUGAAACAAGGGAUUGGCAUCUACAUCUAUGCGGCUGGCGCCAGCAUGCCCGAGAAGACGGCCUUCUACAGCGCAGACGGAGACUUCUUGAUUGUUCCACAACAUGGGGUCCUCGACAUCCGCACUGAAUUUGGCAAGAUCCUGGUGCGACCCAAUGAAAUCUGCGUCAUUCCGCGGGGUGUGCGGUAUCACGUUACACUGAAAGAUGGGGAACCCGUACGAGGAUACAUUCUGGAACUCUACGAGGGCCACUUCAAGUUACCCGAGUUGGGUCCGAUUGGGUCAAACGGGCUGGCCAACGCACGAGACUUCCAGUCACCCGUGGCCGACUUCAUCGAGGACUACGAAAACACCGAAUGGACGCUGUACGGCAAGUUUGCAGGCAACCUGUUUGCGGCCAAGCAGUCACACACUCCCUUUGACGUGGUGGCCUGGCACGGCACAUACUACCCGUACAAGUACGACCUUGGCCGCUUCAACGCCGUCGGUAGCAUCUCCUACGAUCACCCUGACCCGUCCAUUUUUACCGUUCUUUCCGCGCCAUCGCAUGCCCAAGGCCCCGGCACAGCGGUGGCCGACUUUGUCAUAUUCCCUCCUCGGUGGCUGGUCGCCGAAAAGACUUUCCGACCCCCGUGGUACCAUCGUAACACCAUGUCUGAGUUCAUGGGGCUCAUCAUGGGCAAUUAUGAUGCCAAGGGUGCUGGAAAGGGAGGGUUCCAGCCGGCUGGAGCUAGUUUACAUAAUACCAUGAGUGGUCAUGGACCAGACAUGCAGACCUUUGAAAAGGCGUCAACAAUGGAUUUGCCGCCACAAAAGGUGGGCGAGGGGAGCAUGGCGUUCAUGUUUGAGAGUUGUUUGAUGGUUGGCGUUACAGAAUGGGGCUUGAAGACAUGUCAAAAGGUGCAAAAGGAAUAUAAUGCUCACUCGUGGGAACCCUUGAAGGUGCAUUUCAAGCGACCGGAGUCGUCUGAGGUGGUGGCCAAUGGCCACGAGAAGGAGAAGAAGUGAGGGAACCAGUCACUUAGCAGUUGGGAGAGAUAGUGUCAGAUACCAGUAUACCUUGGUUAUUGGUAUAAAAAUGUCAUAUCGCCCUGAGCAACAGACACA